CAUUCCCUCAAACAAAGAUCUAGUUAGGACUAACAAAGCACUCUUCAAUUCUUCACGCAUGUCUUCGCAAGGAUUGGGCACGGCAUUCGCGGCACUCGUAGCUUUCUCGACCGAUGCAGUGUCUCUUACAAUUGCUCUUAUCUUUCUGAUGCUUUUUGGGACGUUUCUGCCUAUGCAAUGUUGCUGCAAAAAGAAGAAACGAAAGGGAUUGGUUCGACCACAGCCUGCUCCUGCUGCAAUGGAGUCUCCAUCACCACAACAACAAACGGGUGGACAACAGCAAAGUGUUAAGAAGGUUGUCAAAAAGCCAAGCGAGGAGUCAUCAAAGAAGGAAGGACCAAAAAGCAAGUCAAUUAAAGGGCCAGAAAUGAUUGACGAGCGAAAAGAAGAAAGGAAAAAGCAAUUGGUAAAAACAGCGGUUGGCCUUCCAAAGAUGAAGAACGACAAACACGACGAGGGAAUGGCAGAUGGUUGUGGCUACAUGACAUUGGACAAAUUGGAUAGAAAUAUUUUUGUUCGAGACCUUCCAAAGUUAACGCCAAAACUGGGUCCUCCAAAAAUGGUUGAUGAGUCGCCUAAACAGAAAGGAGUUGCUGAUGGGGCUGAAUAUCAAACUCUUGGAAAGCUGGAUGUGAAUAUAUUCAAGACUGCCAAGGUGGGGAUGAAGAAAGCGAAGCCUAAAAAGAUAACAAAGUCGAAGCCCAGUCUCGACAAAACAAAGUCAAAGCCCACUCUCGAUAGGACAAAGUCAAAGCCCAGUCUCGAGAGAACAAGAUCGAAGCCCAGUCUCGAUACAGAAACGGGUGAAAGCGAAGAGACAGAGGGAGAGUCGAGCGUUGACCGGACGAAGAGUGAAGAGAAGACUGUGGACAAAAAUAAGAAGAAGAGAAAGACUUCAAAGGAGCAUGCAAAGAAGCAUCACAAGACGGGUCACAAAGAUAAGAAAAAGCAUCAUCACCAUCAUAAGAAAAGCAGUAGUAAGAAGGAUAAAUCCAAGCCAAAACUGAAAGAGGAUAAGUUUGGCAAAAAGGAGGGUAUGGCUGAGGGAUAUCAAUAUGAGACGCUAAACAGUCUUGACCGCAACAUAUUUACUCAACAUAGUGUGACAAAGUCAUCUCCAUCUUUUGAUAGUGAAGAUGAUGACUGA